UAGCCGGCCCGUGGGCCGCCGAAUUUCGUCCUGCGUAUCUUUCAUUGGCGCUGCCUUCCCCGGCAUCCGUGUCUUAUCGUAUGCGCCCGAAAACCUCAGCGGACAACUCCCGGCAAGAAAGCUCGCUCUCCCAGAAAUUCCUCCAGGUUUUAUUUCACCGGCCCCAGAAUCGGAUUGUUUUCAGUCUAAAAAAAUUAACAGGUUUAAUGGAGAAGGAUUAUUUACAAACUCAAAGUUAUGCUGCUGAUAUUUCCUCCAUAAAAGAAGCACAACUCCGUAUUGGUCCAUACAUUCACAAAACUCCAGUUCUCUCAUCAAAAUCUCUUGAUUCCAUAUCUGGGAGACAAUUGUUUUUUAAGUGUGAGUGUUUUCAGAAGGGAGGAGCUUUUAAAAUUAGAGGUGCUUCAAAUGCCAUAUUCUCACUUAAAGAUGAUCAAGCUGCUAAAGGAGUUGUAACUCACAGCAGUGGUAACCAUGCUGCAGCAGUGUCUUUAGCUGCAAAACUACGCGGAAUCCCUGCUUAUAUUGUUAUACCAGAAAAUGCCCCGAAAUGUAAGGUUGAAAAUGUCAAGCGCUAUGGUGGUCAGGUUAUCUGGAGUGAAGCCACUUUUCAGUCGAGAGAGAGCACCGCCAGAAAGGUCCAGCAAGAAACUGGUGCAGUUCUGAUUCAUCCAUUCAAUGAUAAGCGUAUUAUAAG